AGAACUCAUCGCUACAGGAGUUUCAUGAUAGAGGAGAUCCUGACCGACCACCCGGAGCACAAAGUGUCGGCUCCGGCCGGGGAGCUUCUCAAAUUCGGGGUGCACGCUCUGCUGUCAGCCCGGCCUUUCCACAACCACCUUACAGUGCUCAAAGCCGACCAGACUAGCCUCCUCAAGUUCCCCUUAUCCCCGCUGUCCUGCACGCUGGGCUCUCCGCUCGGCUCUCCGCUGCUGUCCGCGGCUCAGGGCCUCCAGGUCGGCCCGGCGUCUCACCACCUGCCGCUGGACCUCCACCUCCGCGGGAAGCUGGAGCACGGAGACGGAGGCAGUAAGACAAAGAAAGGCCGCCGGAGCCGCACAGUGUUCACCGAGCUGCAGCUGAUGGGCCUGGAGAAACGCUUUGAGAAGCAGAAAUAUCUGUCCACGCCUGAUAGGAUAGACCUCGCUGAGUCUUUGGGUCUCAGUCAACUGCAGGUGAAAACAUGGUACCAGAACAGAAGGAUGAAAUGGAAGAAAAUAGUGUUGCAGGGAGGAGGCCUGGAGUCCCCGACUAAACCCAAAGGCCGACCCAAGAAGAACUCCAUACCCAGCAGCGAGCAGCUCUCCGAACAAGAAAGAUCCACCUCUGAUGCUGAGCGUCAAUCCGAAGGCUCCAGCUCCAACUCAGAGAACGCUCAGGAGGAAUGA